CGUGGCGUGGCUUGCUAAACAAAAUGUACAGUCAGCUCAGUGGUUAGGGUGAAGAAUGGCUUAGCUACCUAGCCAAAACAACUCAUCAGGAGGAAAAUGACUGGAAGAAACCAGUAUAAUUGCUUCCAGUCUACUACGACGGUGCAACCUACAACAGGAGGUCAAGCUUAUAUCUUUGGAAACAAUUCUGAGACAGAGUGCUCUGAGGAGGAUGGUGAGAGUUAUGAGCUGCGUUCUCGAGGCAGGGAGAGGCUGCGCCGGAGUGCCUCCAGAGAACGACUGGAUGACAUUGUCUAUGUAAUGAGGGACAUUAAGGAUGGCGACACCCUGAUCAGUAUUUCUCUUCAGUAUUUCUGCUCUGUUGCUGACAUAAAGCGGGCCAACAAUCUCCUGACAGAGCAGGACUUCUUCGCCUUGCGCGCCAUAAAGAUCCCCGUGAGGAGGUUCAGCUCUUUCACCGAAACCCACAGCACAGCAUCACAUAAAACUGGCUCGCCUGGUGGCAUCCACAGAGUCUCUGAGAAGCCAUCAUCUGGAGCUUCCAUGGACUCUUCCUCCUCCACCGACAGCGUGGAGUUCUUCCUGCAGGAGAAGGACAAGGACAUUGAGCUUCUCGUCAAAUCCUCCAACCCCUCCCGGAGCAGCCUCAAUGAGGUGGUGUCGUCCCUCAGCCCCCAGCAGCCGCUGCUGGGAGAACCAGAGCGCAGGCCCACCCCGAGGAAGGACCCCUACUACGGAGCCGACUGGGGAAUGAGGUGGUGGACUGCGGUAGCCAUCAUGCUUGUUGUGGGCAUCGUCACGCCUGUGUUUUACUUGUUGUACUAUGAGGUGCUGAUGAAAGCAGACGUUAGCCACCAUGCAACCAUGGAGUCCAUCAGGCCUGAGCCAACGCGCUCCGCUGUCGGUGUUCCCGGUCCAGUGCCACAGGCCAAGGCUGCUUCUCACAAACAUAUGCAUGCAAUGGCUGAACAUGGGGUGCCAGUUCUGAAGCAGGAGCAGAAAACAUAGAGAGGAACUUGUCAAACCAACAUGCAUCAGAGUAUUAGCAUAUAAAGCAUUCCCAGAAUAACUUGUUUGAGGACUUUUUAGACCAUGCAAUCAAAACCACUUUUGUAGUGAUGAGUUUUGUACCUUGCAAGGAUGAAUUUAGUAUUUUUGAACCAUAUCUCUAUAGAUAAAGCACUGAAAUAACAAGAAAUAACCUGUAUCACAUGAAGAUUUGGUUACAGUUGAAGUGUUUCAGUACUGAAACAUCUCUAUAUCUGCAAAACUUAGUGGAAUUCUUGGUGAAACGUUUGGAGUAACACAAGUGUCAUAUUGGCAGAAUAUUUAGUUAAUAAUUGUCAAUAUUUAGUUAAUAAUUGCCAUUUUUUUGAAUAGGGUGAUAUCAUGGAAUUGCUCCAAGGUAUAACCUAAUCUAUUGAGUAGGCACAUGUAGGCAACAAAUUCAUGGAAGUAAUAUCUGGGCUAACCCACAUUUUUUUUAAAUAGGCAUGCCUGGUGUGAGGUGUGGUAUGUCUUGAGUGUUUGUUUGGUUCAAAACUAUUGAAUUCAUUCUUUACUAUGAGGAGGGAUAAUAUGUUCACUAAUGCAAUGCUGGUUUAAAAAUGCUAUGCCAUUAGGUGCAAUUGAUUGGGUAAACAGUGCCACUUUUUUCCUGAGCUUGGUGUGGCAUGAAGUUGGAACUAGGCCUAACUGACUCCGUUCCUAUAGACAGUUUCUCUUGUUGCAUUUUGCACAUUGUGCACGCCACAAGCUGAUGUAUAGCCUUGUAACUUUAUUAAACUUAAAUGCUCACCUUAAAUGGUAAGCAAAAUCUAUUUUCACAUUUCUGAGACCAUCUAUGUCUGUCUUGUCAGGGAAAUACAUGUAAUUUAUUCUAUAAAAUGGUCAGUUCCAAAAUCAGUAUUGAUACUUAUGUUGAUAAUGUAGCGCAUUCUCAUUUUAACUUCCCUUGUCUGCUAGCCACACUUCUGACUCCUUAUUUAAUUCGUGCCAGAAUACAGUGACGUGAACUAUUCUUGAAUUUUCAAAUGAAAAUUAAAGUUGUAAUAUUCUCUCAGCUUUCACUUUUUUAAUGAAUUUAAGCAGUUUGUGCCUUUGGCCUACAGACCGUAGUUACAGGUUGAAAAUAAAACUAUAUUUUAAUACUGGAAUCUCAAACCCAUUUUUGUACUUUAUUUAAUUUUAGGAGCAACAAAAACAUGCACAGAUUCAAUAUCAUCCAUUUUAAUAACAAUAUGAAAGCCACAGCUUUCAAAAGAAGUGCUUCACCUUGAGAGGCAAAAUAAAACCUUAUGCGCAGAGUG